ACGGUCACACUCAGCUAGCUGGCGAUUCUGAUCUGACGAUUUUUGUUAUUGGCGGAGAGAAAAUUACGGUGGUUUAUAAAUUCUCAGUUAAGCCGAUUUCUCAGCCCCCCCGCAUACAAAUACGUAUAUUCCCCGACCGAUUUGCGAUCGAAUCGCAUCGAAUCAUAUCGAAAACACCGAAAGUCGAGCGGCCGUGCGUAUUUUUUUUCUGUUCUUGCCCCUCGUGCAACAUCAGUGAACUAGCGGCCCACCAAAAGAGAGAAAAGUGAAAUUGCCUUUUGCGGCAAAUGGGAAAAAAGUAAAAGAAUACAAAUACAAAUAGCGAUUGUUCGAAAAUUGUUGUUUACAAUAAGUAUAUAAGCCAAACGGGCGUCGCUGUGUGCGUGUGUGCGUGCGUGUAGUUGUUGCGCCAAAAAUUCCAAUCGGAAUUCUGGAACAGCUGGCCACAACAACAAAACGCGGCCAAGAAGAAAGAAGAACAAUUUAGCUGCUGAAAAAUGGGCGAUUUCGAUCUGAAUGUGGACAGUUUGAUACAGCGGCUGCUGGAGAACUUCAAAAAACAAAAAGAGGCCGAAGAGCACGCCCAGAAGCUGCUAAUCGCUCAACAAUUGGCCGCCGCCGGCGGAGCGGCAGCCGCCGUGGCCACCGCUUCAGCCGCCGCCGCCGCUGCCGCCGUUACCGCCUCAUCGCCCACAGCCAGCAGCAGCAGCAGCAGUUACUCGGCGGUGGCGGCCACCUUUGGUCCUGGGGCAGGUGGAGGUGGAGGUCCGUCCACCAGCCACGAUCCGCUGGACGAGCUCACCGAACAGCAGCGUCGUCUGCUGCAGCAAUACUCGAUAUCGCCGCCCAGCGAGACAAUGAUAUCGGCCGACGGCGACCAGAUCACCGUCCAUCAUCCUCGCGAGGAGCCCAAGAAAUCCAGAUUGAAAUUGCGCGACUUUUUCGUCGCCGAGUUUGUGCGCAGCUGCCGAACGGGCAAACAGGUGCAGAUGACCGAGGCGGAGGUGCGCGGUCUGUGCCUCAAGUCGCGGGAGAUCUUCCUGCAGCAGCCCAUCCUGCUGGAGCUGGAGGCGCCGCUGAUCAUCUGCGGCGACAUCCACGGCCAGUACACAGACCUGUUGCGGCUAUUCGAGUACGGCGGCUUCCCGCCGGCCGCCAACUACUUGUUCCUCGGCGACUACGUCGAUCGGGGCAAGCAGUCGCUGGAGACCAUCUGCCUGCUGCUGGCCUACAAGAUCAAAUAUCCGGAGAACUUCUUUUUGUUGCGCGGCAACCAUGAGUGCGCCAGUAUUAAUAGGAUCUAUGGCUUCUACGACGAGUGCAAACGCCGAUACAAUGUCAAACUGUGGAAGACCUUCACCGAUUGCUUCAACUGUCUACCAGUGGCCGCGAUCAUUGACGAGAAGAUCUUCUGCUGCCACGGCGGCCUCAGUCCCGAUUUGCAGGGCAUGGAGCAGAUCCGUCGCCUGAUGCGGCCCACAGAUGUCCCGGACACCGGGCUGCUCUGCGACCUCCUGUGGAGCGAUCCCGACAAGGACGUUCAGGGCUGGGGCGAGAACGAUCGCGGUGUGAGCUUCACGUUCGGCGUGGAUGUGGUCUCCAAGUUCUUAAACCGGCACGAGCUUGACUUGAUCUGUCGUGCGCAUCAGGUUGUGGAGGACGGUUACGAGUUCUUUGCGCGUCGCCAACUGGUCACACUGUUCUCGGCGCCCAACUACUGCGGGGAGUUCGACAAUGCCGGCGGCAUGAUGACCGUGGACGACACGCUCAUGUGCUCAUUCCAGAUCCUGAAACCAUCUGAGAAGAAGGCCAAGUAUCUGUACAGCGGAAUGAACUCGUCGCGACCCACAACACCGCAGCGCAGCGCCCCAAUGCUUGCGACCAACAAGAAGAAAUAAUAUAUCCAUCCGCUUCCAUUUCCUUAAAGGUUCAACAAACAACAACAGAAAUAAACUUUUACAUAGAUACACACAUAUAUAUACAUAUAAAUAUAAAAGGAUAGAGGACGAGGACGAAAGAGUAGAGAGUAGAGAAAGAGCAAAUGAUAAAUGAUAAAUUAAAUAUGUGAGCUAGCGAGCAGCAGAAUCCAAGUGAAUGAAGCUAAACAUCUAUGUGUAUCCGUCAUCCGUAUCCUUUAGCACACAUAUAUUGCAUGCUUUAUUGGGUGUGGAAUCUGUGUCUAAACUUGAUUACCUUAUCACAGGCCCUAGUUAAGUUGAUUCCUGCAUUUCGAAGAUGACAACAACCCCGUAAAACAACAGCAGCCCCAUAAAACUCCCGAAACAUGCAGAUAAAUAAAUAAAUUAAAAAGUACAGCGAUGUUAAGCAAUGAAUUUAUAUAUAGGCUUAUUAAUGUAAACUAUAUACGAUAUACUUAUAUAUUCAUAACUACAAACCAGAGAGAGAGAGAAGGGGAAAGCAAAGUAUCUGUCCACUGUGCGGAUCCCUGGGGCCUGGCACAGUGGGACAAAAACAGCACCGGCUAGCUAACACUUUACUUUUCCCUUUGGCCGUGCGCCGAGCUUACAAAAUUCGCUGCAAUUGUUCGAUUUUUGGUUCUCUUCCUAUCAACUAAGUGCGCAUUACAAAUUUGUCUAACAAAAACUUAAGGAAAAUCAAAAAAAUAAGAAAGCAAAUGUUAAAUUUAAAGAAGGGAAACGAAACGAAAGAAAACAAAACAUAACGAAAGCAACCUAUGUAUUAAGCUUAAAACAGUUCAACUCUGUGUGUGUAUUUUAUUUAUUAUUUAUCUAUAAAUAUAAAUAUAUGUUCUUUUUGUCAUUGUUUAAUUAAUUUAUUGCUUACACUGUAUUUAUAAAACGAAAAACAAUUAAUCCCUAAUAACUAUUUUUUUCUUCAUUGUACUUGGUUUAAGUGGCAAAAUACUGUUAACCUGUUAAUGGGCAUUUAAAAAUUGGGGCUUGUUUUUCAAUGCCUAGAUCCUUACCUAGAAAAACUGCAACCUAACUUUAACUUGCCUCACACACAAAUGAAAAAUGAAAAUGAAAAAUAACGAAUAAAAAUGUUUAAAUUUAUCGAAUUUUGAAAGCAUUACUUCGAGUACUUGAAACACCAAUUUUUGUGCAUAUUUAAUUUAUAAAUAAGAAAGAAUGUAGAAUGGUCGACUUAGUGAAUGCGAGAGUAUAUGAAGAUAUACAAGUAUAUAGAGAAGGAACGAAAGAGAAAACUAAUUUUUUCAUCGUCGUAACUUAUUAGAUUAUAGUGCCUUUUUUGCCUCCCAAAAGAAAAUCCACAAACGAUAAUGAAAGUGUAAACUAACAAAUGGUUUGUAUAUACAGAUCAUAUACAUACAUAUGAAUAUACGGCUAACGAAAGCUAAUUAGAAUGACGAGAAUUGCGUUUAUUUUGUAAAAAUCAAAAGAAAAUACACAGCUGAUGUAUUAGACAACUAUUAUUCUCACUCAUUAUGAACACUAAUUUUAAAGAAAUAUACUCUUUUUUACCAAUACCACAGAAAAAUUAUGAAAGGACCGUGACAGAAGCUAGAAAAUUAGAAAAGAAUUUAAAUUAGCUUAUUUUUCCAAAAUGUAAGUACAUUUCAAUGAUAGGUUUCAACUGAUUUGAUCUGUCUGAUAGAUAAACCUCCCCUACUCAAAUGCAAUUAUAAGCUUUAGAAGGACUUUUCGUUGUUCCCAUAACCGAAUUAACUUUUUUUUUCAUAAUUUUGUGGUUUUAAAUUAUAUGCAUCUCUAAAGGACGAAAGGCAGGCAAACAAGUCAAUUAAUUGCAUUACAAAUAAACCAAACAAGAAACGAACGAUACUGUGGAACGAUUUAGCAUUUUAGUCUUGAGCUGUUGUUUUCUUACUCUACUAUUUGUUGUUAUUUCCGAUUAUUAGCUAAAACACAUCUCCCAAUUAUCAGCAUCAGUUUCGUGAGUGUGUGUGUGAGCUGCAUUCGCAUACAAGUUUUCAUACAAAAUACACACACAUGCAAAUUUAUAUAUAUGUAUGUAUAUAUAUAAAUAAAUAAACAAAUAAAAAUAACAAAAUAUACGAAGUACUACAAUGAGGAAACCAUGCGAAAAAUAUAGAGAGAGAAAAGCAAUACGAAAACACAAAACGUAUAACAGAUAAAUAUAUUUAUUAUUAAAAAUCAAAUAAAAAUUAAUUAAAACUUUA